AUGAUUAGACAAACAUUAUUAUUGGCUGUCGUACUUUGUUUGGCAGUGGUCAAUGUCAAUGCCUUGACUAUGCAAAUCGAACCAAAGACACAAGAAUGUUUCUAUGAGUAUGUCGAGAACGGAAAGACAUCGAUCAUCCUCUACCAAGUUAUCAGAGGUGGUCUUUUAGAUAUUGAUGUUAGAAUUUACGAUCCACAAGGAAACACUAUUUUCUCACGUUUGCACUUUGAUACAACAAUGAAAGGAAGACAAUCAUUCACAGCAGCAACCAGUGGUGCUUAUAAAUUAUGUUUCAACAAUGAAAUGUCAAGAUUCACCGCCAAGGUUGUUACAUUCACUUGGUCAUUCGAAGAUGCUGAUAACUCUUUUGUAAAGGGUGACGCUUUGUCUCCAAUGGAACAAUCUGUACAAAAGAUUGAACGUGUAUUACAAUCGAUCGUCAUGGAACAAAAGAGAAUGAGAUUUAGAGAACAAACUAACAGAGAUACCUCUGAAAAUACAAAUGCCAGAGUUGUUAGAUGGACAAUCAUCCAAGUUCUUGUAUUGGUUAGUAUGGGUGUUGGUCAAAUUUGGUACUUGAGAAGAUGGUUCGAUUCAAAAUCAACUCAAAGAGUUUAA